CCUAUUUCGAAAAAGAUAUCACAAAAUAUUUUGUUCAAAACGUGGUUUGAUCUUGUUUGAGAGAAAUAAUUUUAAAAAUGUCCAAACGUAGGCUUGAUGUCGACGAUGUUAAGAAAUCUAAGGAAAUGGCGUAAGUAUGAAGUGUUUUAUUUUGAUAUAUAUUUGCCAGUUGUUCGCAAAAUGAGAGGGCAAUUGGUUGUGUGAAUGUGUGUUUUAAACCGAGCUGUGAAGGCGGCUGCCGGCUGGGGUAUAGAAAAUUGUAUAUUUUCGUCUGCAGGUUUUAAGCUAGUAAUUUUGAAUGUUUGUACGUUGUAGCUCUCUUGAAAAGUGAAACAUUAGUUAAUAUUUUGCGAAAUGUACUUUUUAAUUUCAUGUAGAUAAGCGAUAUAUUUUGUACAGUCAUACAGUACAUAAAAAUAAUUUAUAAUUCUAGGGGAUGCGGCACAAGCCUGUCGUAUUAAAUAAAAUUUUGUUCUAUGUCGGUGGAUAUAAUGUCCAUUUUUUACUAGAGAGACUUGCACAGAGCAAAUUAAAUAGCAAUGUCAAACUGACCAAUCUGGUUACUGAAUUUUAAUAUUUUUCAAUUCACCUGUUCCUCUUGACAAGUGAAGUCGUCUAGUGUUUAAUAGACAGAGUAAAAUAGGAAAGCAUUGGUGUGCAAUGCAACUUAAUGGGUUAAAAACAAGGGUGGAUAGUAGGGAAGUAGUUGUAGUUCGCUACUGUAGCGAACUACAAUUUUCAAGUAGCCAGUAGUUUUUGACUACUUUUUCAAAACAGUAGCUGUAGUUAUAGCGAACUACAUUUUGCCUAAAAGUAGCCAAGUAGUUGAAGUUGACUACUUUUCAAACAGCAAAUCGCUAUUCACUACUUUUUAAAAUUGUCAGCAACUUGAUAGAAUAGAAUGUUAUUAAGACACAGUUUGCUUAAAAUCAAUACUCAAUUUGCACGAAUAAAGUAUGCCGUGCAACUGUUCAAACUGUGCAAGUGCAUGCCGUCUUAUUUACUCGCGUAAGUCGAUUUGUUAUAGGUUACAUUACAGCCUGAGCUAUAGUAGAUGUUCCAUAUACAGUAAAAUUAAAAAAUAUUGAGUAGCGAAAUAGCGAAAUAGUUCGCUACAUUUUUUAAGCAGUAGCUGUAGUCAGUAGCGAACUACUUUUGUUCAAAAGUAGCAGUAGUUGUAGCUGACUACAUAUAUUUGAAGUAGCUGUAGUUAUAGCGAACUACAAAAAAUUUGUAGUCAACCCACCCUUGGUUAAAAAUAUAUUUCAGAUUUGAUUAUUUGUGUGAGAUUCUUCAUUCGGAUGCCAGUCAAUGCUAUAUUUUGUUGUUGUCCCUGCCUAUUUGCUAUUUGAUGACUUUUAGCAAAAUAUGACGCACCAAUGACCAGCCAUUGGAAUUAGGCACAAAUUUUCUGGAAGACAAAAAUUGCCUCAUUAUGAUCAAACCUGGUAGUAGGGAUGCACCGGAACAGGUUUUUUAAGUUCCGGCCGGAACCGGAUCCGACCGGAACUGGAAAAAAGUUCCGGACGGAACCGGAACUAAUUUAUUAAGCCAUAUAUAGUCAUAUGUUACUUUGUCCGCUGCCAGACAAGCAGACACUUAAAAUCAUCAAGUAGAGAGUUCGCAAAUGUCAGAAUAAAAAGACUGACAAACGUUAAACGUCAUAAUGAAGUGUUAAUAGUGUACAUUUCCCUUAUGUAGUCCAACUUUCUUCCUACUGUGACCUUUUGUUAGACACAAAAACGUUUGAUAUUCUAUCUCCCUGAAAACGACAGUUUUUACUAGUUCCGGCCGGAACCGGAACUCUAAAAAAUUGGGGUUCCGGCCAGAACUAACCGGCCGGAACCGAGUUCCGGUGCACCCCUACCUGGUAGCAAUUCUACUUUUCACCGUGGUAUUUUUGAAGAAUAUGGUUGAAAUUCCGAUUUUAUUAUUUUACUCUGUCUAUUGCCAGAUGAUUUUACUUGUCGAAGGGGGCUCAAUGGCAUAUUUUAGUGACUUUAAUAUUCAUCAUCUUUUUUAUCCCUUGUUUAGUGAUUUUGAAAAUCUAAAGCUUAAGAUCAAACUCAACCCAUACUCAGGUCGACCAUUUACAGAACGAUACUAUGCUAUUCUUAAGAAACGACUUCAGUUACCUGUGUGGGAAUAUAAGGAGACAUUUAUGGGUAUGCUUGAGAAAAAUCAAUGUAUAGUCUUGGUGGGUGAGACAGGUUCUGGCAAGACUACACAGGUAUGAUGGUAACGUUGAGAAAUUUUUAUUUUUUACGAUAGAUAUAUUGCAUUUCUUCUUUGAAUGACCAGAAUAUUACACAUACCAAAAAUGAUAUUUGGGGUUAGUUGCUCUUAACUGGAUAACAAAGCUAUUACACCAUAUGGCAGAUGCUAUGGGAGGCCAGGAGGGAUGUUGGAAUACUAUUACAGUUGUUUUACAACUUUGGAAGUUUAAAAUUUUGACUCUAACAUUUUGAAUGCAACCACUUGCAACUUUCAUGCUAAUCAGUUUAUUAGCCAUUAAAGGCAUAAAAUCGUCCGGCAUUAAACAAGUAAAAAAAAUAAGUAGGGUGCACUUUCGUCCAUUGCGGCUCAAUAGGUUAACUAUAGAGACAUUGUUAGAUUUUUUGGUUAACCCAUUAAGCUGCAGAGCUUCCCCAUUGAUGAGUAGAAUCGUCUGGCGUUAGGCAAGUAAAAAACAAUACGUAGGGUCACUGGGUUGCACUGCGGCUCAAUGGGUUAAUCUGAGUUUAAAUUAGUCUUAAAUCUGUAUCGGUAGACAUUCAAUAUGAACAUAAAUGGAAAUUGUGUGAAUCAUUUCACUAGAUUCCUCAAUGGUGUGUAGAAGGAAGAAAAGACCAGCGUAAGGGAGUGGCUUGUACGCAACCAAGGAGAGUCGCCGCCAUGAGUGUUGCACAACGUGUUGCGGAUGAAAUGGACAUCAUUCUUGGACAGGAAGUUGGAUACAGUAUUCGAUUUGAAGAUUGUACAAGUGCUAGGACUGUCAUGAAGUGAGUUUAACGAUCUAAGUAUCUAUCAAACCAGUAUUAAGUCAUUGACCACAAUGUACCCUAUUAUAUUCUUCAGUCUGAUAACACUCCAUUUUACUCGUUUGAUAAAUACCCAAUCUUGUCAUUUUCCUGUGUGUAACAUCUGGAGAUUUGAUGUUUGUGGUGUUACUCUGAGUGUGCAUCCACACCGGGCAAGCUGAAAAGCUUGCCUGACCACGGUGGGAAUCAAACUCACAACCUUUGGGAUACUAGUCCAAUGCUCUACCAACUGACCUACGAGGUCAAGUUGGUUCGGAAAUAUCACCAACUCGAACUGUCACCAAAGGGAGAGCCCACUGUGUUUGAAUGGGUUAAUUAAUCUGUUAAGUUGCAUUGCAUUUGUUUUUUUACUUUGUUUAAUUAAUGCCAGAUGAUUUUACUCAUCAAGGGGCGAAUGCUGGUGCUCAGUGGGUUAAACAUGCCUUUUCCAAUGCAGGUAUAUGACAGAUGGUAUGUUGCUUCGAGAAGCCAUGACAGAUCCGCUGUUGGAUAGAUAUGACUGUAUAUUACUUGACGAAGCUCAUGAAAGAACAUUAGCAACAGAUAUACUCAUGGGAUUAUUGAAAGAGGUUUGACUAUAAUAUGUGUAAUUGAUCCUUGAGAUACCAGAUCUCAAAUCAACCUUGUUCCCAGGCUUUCUCCUCUAAGUAGGAGUGUAUAAGAAUGAGGAUGGUUUCAAGUUUCUAGUAUCCCACUGGAUAUAGUGCUGAAAAUUCCAAGAGUCUAUCAUUGAAAUCAAUAAAUUACAGGAUUAUUUCUAAGUAGCAUGAUACUGAAAUUAUUUAACUAUGACUGCAUGAUGCAUAUAUCUACUAACUGUAAUGCAUCUAAACAAUGUAGUAUUUCUUCAUUGCUUACUCUAACUGUCAUAAAAUUCAGGUUGUUGCUCAAAGAAAAGAUAUCAGAAUUGUGAUCAUGAGUGCUACACUUGAUGCUGGUAAAUUUCAAGAAUACUUCAACGACUGUCCGUUAUUGAGUGUCCCUGGUCGGACACAUCCUGUCGAGAUUUUCUACACACCUGAACCUGAACGGGAUUAUCUUGAGGCCGCAAUAAGGACAGUUGUUCAGAUCCACAUGUGUGAAGAAGUUGAAGGUGAUAUGUUGCUUUUCCUUACUGGGCAAGAGGUAAGCAUGCUUAGAAAGCCUUUGACUUGUUCAGGCUGAGCUUUGUCCUCCGUAAAGCCUAGUUCUCAUUCAUCGUAAACCGUCGGCGACGGGAGCUUUGCGACGUCGGCGACGGCUUGCGAUUUAUGAGAACGCAUCAAAAAUUAUAUCGCCGAUUGUCCGUAAUCGUCGCCGACCAUCGGCGAUGACAUCGCAGGAAACAAAAAAGUUUGUUUCUUGCGACCAUCGCCGACUGCCACCUGCUUGAAAAACCUAUGAGAAAUGAGUAAAAGUUGUUUUUUCCUCAACAAGCAAGGAAAUAAUCAACUGAAGUUUGACAGAAAUCAUGAACUUUACGUUUAAUGGGGCCAUUUUGUGCCUUGGUGGGAAAUUUCGAAACACAUCGGCUGUCAUCUGCGACGAUCACCGAUGUAUGAGAACUUUCGUGCAUUCGCGCUCGGCGAGUAUCGGCGAUAAGCGUCGCCGAUCGUCGGUGACAGUUUGCGAUGAAUGAGAACUAGGCUUAAUUAUACAGCUCCACUGUAAGAAUGAUUAGCCAUACACCCCCACUUACCUUCUUAUAGUUACCGUACUAAUUGUAUUAAUUUAUAGAAGUAUUCAGCUUUGGUGGCUAUAGAUCUACCCUAGUCCUGUAGGUACUGUAUCUAUAUAGGGUUAUUCAGGUCUUUUUUAUCAUGCCCCAAAAACUCGAACUUGAAUUAUGUUAUGAGACUCAUGGUCUAACCAAGAGUUUCAGUGCAGUUCCCUGCUAAAAAUAUUUGCCAUCCAGGUGCUGUAGUAGGUGUCUCAUCUACUAAAAAAAAUUUCAACAAUUCCCAUUAAACCAUUUCGAUAAUUACGUCAUUUGGCCUGGGAGCCUCACUCUCAUGAAUUGUGAGCCAAUCACAUUGCAUAAUUUACUAAUGAGAGCAAGGCUCCAACACCAAAACGUAUGUGUGACGUAAUUAUCAAAAGGGUGUAUUCGUUUUUUGUCUGUGAUCAGUCAUUAAAUUAUUUAAAAUUCUCGUAGGAAAUUGAAGAAGCUUGCAAACGUAUGCGUAAAGAGAUGGAUAAUCUUGGUGGUGAAGUUGGGGAACUUAAAUGUAUCCCACUUUACUCCACAUUACCCCCACAACUACAACAACGUAUCUUUGAAGCUGCGCCGCCCAACCGUGCAAAUGGAGCAAUAAGUCGAAAGAUUGUUGUGUCAACCAACAUUGCCGAAACCUCAUUGACCAUUGAUGGUGUUGUCUUUGUGAUUGAUCCUGGAUUUUCAAAGCAAAAGGUUCGUGUUCACUCACCUGAGUCCCAUUUUUUGACCGGUCAAGAGGCAUUUUUGGCUGGUCAGUGUCCAUUGACCGGCCGUUAAUUUGAGUCCUGACUGACAUAUGGUUCAUUUAUACAAGAGAUAAUCGUCAUAAUCCAGGGUCUGAAAUUUGAUUUUUUUUUAAGUAUCCACAUGGAUACCAAGGUUUUAAAAUUUGGUAUCCCUCCCGAUAAUCUAGUAUCCCAAAUCGGGAUACUUAACUAGUUGACUUUUCGUAUCCCAGGGCCAGACACAACAUCACUUUAAUGCUUACUCUUAGUUAAGCAUUUCCAUCCAUCGCAUUUUAUGUUUAAUAUACUAGAAUCCUAAAAGGAACUUCACUGAUAUUUAAUAUCAACUUCACUGAUAUUUAAUGGUAACGUUACAGUAUGCACUCAAAUCUAAAUUUAAAAUCCAUCAAAAUCACUUUCAUCUGAAUCGGUGUUGAAUAACUCAAGCAUGUCAUUGUUGCUAAUUUGAUCUUUAUCUGAGACACUCGUAGUCUCAGUGUGAGAAUCUGAAUCACAAUCUGAAUCACUAGAAUCAGAUGCAUCAGCAUCAUCACUGACAGAGAGAUCUUCAUCUGGUCCAGCAACCAGGGGUUCUU